CCGGGUCCUCUACUGCCAGUCUUGGGAUCCUAAGCCCAGACCUCUGAGGUUGUGGUUAAGGCAUCGGUGUUUGUCUGACCAAAGUUCUCACUGGGCAACUGUGGAGAUGGAGCCAGAGAAGAUGAGACCGAUCAAGGAACCGAGUGCUGACCCGGCCUCGGUCUGCUGCGCCACGUGCCACGGGGACGAGACCUGGACCUAUGGCCACCCCAUCCGGGGCCGGGCCAAGUCCCGCAGCCUGUCUGCCUCCCCCGCUCUGGGCAGCACCAAGGAGUUCAGGAGAACGCGCUCUCUACACGGGCCGUGCCCGGUAACCACUUUUGGACCAAAGGCCUGUGUGCUGCAGAACCCCCAGACCAUCAUGCACAUUCAGGACCCUGCGCGGCAGCGGCUGACGUGGAACAAGUCUCCGAAGAGCGUUCUUGUCAUUAAGAAGAUCCGCGACGCCAGCCUGCUGCAGCCCUUUAAGGAGCUCUGCACGUACCUCAUGGAGGAAAACAACAUGAUUGUGUAUGUGGAAAAGAAAGUGCUAGAAGACCCUGCCAUAGUCAGUGAUGAAAACUUUGGACCAGUGAAGAAGAAAUUCUGCACUUUCCGAGAAGAUUAUGAUGACAUUUCCAAUCAGAUAGACUUCAUCAUAUGCCUGGGGGGGGACGGGACCCUGCUCUAUGCUUCCUCGCUUUUCCAGGGCAGUGUGCCUCCAGUCAUGGCGUUCCACCUGGGCUCCCUGGGCUUCCUGACCCCAUUCAACUUCGAGAACUUUCAGGACCAAGUCACUCAGGUGAUCGAGGGGAACGCAGCUGUUGUCCUCCGGAGCCGGCUGAAGGUCCGAGUGGUGAAGGAACUCCGGGGCAGGAAGACGACCGUCCACAACGGGCUGGGCGAGAGCAGCGUGCCGGCUCCUGGCCUGCACGCGGAAGUCGGGAAGCGGGCCGUGCAGUACCAGGUCUUGAACGAGGUGGUGAUCGACAGAGGCCCCUCCUCCUACCUGUCCAACGUGGAUGUCUACCUGGACGGACACCUCAUCACCACGGUGCAGGGUGACGGAGUGAUCGUGUCCACCCCGACGGGCAGCACAGCAUAUGCAGCCGCAGCUGGGGCCUCGAUGAUCCACCCCAACGUGCCGGCCAUCAUGAUCACGCCCAUCUGCCCCCACUCGCUGUCAUUCCGGCCUAUCGUGGUCCCCGCAGGGGUUGAGCUGAAGAUCAUGCUGUCACCAGAAGCAAGGAACACUGCCUGGGUGUCUUUUGACGGACGAAAGAGACAGGAGAUCCGCCAUGGAGACAGCAUCAGCAUCACUACCUCCUGCUACCCGGUGCCCUCCAUCUGUGUCCAAGACCCUGUGAGUGACUGGUUCGAGAGCCUGGCCCAGUGUCUGCACUGGAACGUGCGGAAGAAGCAAGCCCACUUCCCGGACGAGGACGGCGAGGAUGGCUAGCUGCGCUGCUGUGCAGGCUCAGCACCAGGGCCCAGGGUCCCUCCCAUGCGCCCUCUUGGGACAGGCCACCCGUGCUGCUGUAAGGGUCGUGAGCACCUGCGGGCCUUCGGCCUCACGUCGCUUCUGUCGCUUCGGUCACAGCCGGGAAGAGCCUGGUCUCCCUUUGUCGACCAGAUCAGCUGUUUUUUAACAUUUUAAAUCUGACUCUUUUUUUGCAUUUCUAAAGAAGCAAAGUGGGGAAUGGGCUGGGGUCUCCACCUGGAUACGCGCACGCGGUCCCUGUCCAGGGGCACGGGCUCUUUGUAAUUCCAAGUCAGGAAACUUUUCUAUAAAUCAGUCUGCUGAAAUUCAGAGGGGGCCAGAGUGAUUGAUCUGCCCUUUGAUGUGGAAAAUAAAUGUUUCAGCCAAACACCUUCCUUUAGCGUGGGUGCUUCUCCCCUAAAGCUCCUUGCAGGAAACCGUCAGGCAGGGGCUCAGUGAAGGGAGCAAGUUGCAGGUGACUGGCAGGCAGGUUUGGAGAAGGCUGGGUGCAUGUCUCCCGUCCCUGCGCUGACUCUGGCUGGACCAGUCCCGGUUCCCAACCCUCUGGUUCUCUCUCUGACACCGCGUGGCCCCUGCGAGCAUGGCGGUGGCCAUGCCGGGAGGGCAGGGAGGUCUCGCGGUGUUCCCACACACUGCCCGUGUGCCAGGGUGCUGGCACCAGCUCCUGAGAGGAUAUUUCAAAUCCUGUGUGUCUUUUUAGAGACCUUUUAGACUUUCUGAAGUGCCGUGUACAUAUAUUCUUGUACGCACUUUUCUGGAGAUUUGGAAGGGAGAGAGCCUGUCUUGCCAGGCGGUGUUUAUUCUGUGUCAUGUGUGGCGCUGUGCUUGGGCAGCUGCCAGUCGAGCAAGGUGCUCUCAGGUUGAGGGUCCAGGAGAGAGAUCAGUGUUUCAGGGGUUAGGAAGCCCUUUUAUUUUGCAAUUGUCAUGAGAAUUUUGAGACAGAUUAGCAAGUGAGGGCAACAUGGAGGGACUGAACUUAUCGGUUCUGCUCCUGCUCCCUCGAGUCUCAGGCUCGCAAGGAAACCAGCGGUCGCUGGGAGCAUGUGUGAGAGCGUGCACACACAUGUACACACAUGUGCACACAGUGAGUGCUCAGGCAGUGUGUGUCUGCCACGUGGGACCUGCAGUCUGUGUGGUCCUGCUCAGAGCUGUGGCUCAGCCGGCUCCACAGGAGGCAUCUCCUGGGUGUCACCCAAGGGCUGUCCACAAUACAGCAUCUUUAGAGCAGCCGCUCUGAGUUUUGCUCAAGAAGUUAACAGGGAGGGUGGGAGCCCACCCGGCCUUGGACCCACCUCUGCAGGCGAGCAGGCGCACGUGGUUCUUCAUGCCAGCUGGGGCCUCCAGGGCUUGCCCUCAGCCUGGGGUCUUUGGCUUGUGUGUGUUUAUAACGUGCAGGUCUUGCCCCCGACCCCCAACGUGCUCUUGUCCAGGCACCUCAGCACCCAUCACCUUGAGCUUCCAGAACCCUGACUGUGAGCUGGGCAGCAGGCUUGGCUGCAAGGCCCAGGGUCUUCCUGCAUCUGCUGCGGCCCAGAGUGCGGUAGAGCCCAGCCGGCCUCCCGUGGGCGAAGGAGAGAGAGGAACCGACACCCCUGCUCCGACUCCAGAAGGCAGUGGUAUUUGGAAUUCUGGUCACUCAUCUAAACAAAAAGGCAGGUCCUAAAGCAGCAUGAUGUAGGAAUGAUCUAGAAAACUUUGGAUUUUUGAAAUAAAUUCUUAAUGUUUCAUAUUGUUAAUACCUUGAAAUUUUGUUAAAUGUUGUCAAAGCUUUAUUACUAUUUUCAGAUCCUUUCAUUAAAUAGACUUGUGAAGAAA